CAGUGGUCAGCAAGGCCAAACAAUUGAGAAAGCAGAGCGUAACAAAUAUUGUAGGCGAUAGCGUUUGCUCUCUAACACCAGCCCUGUGCUAUAUGAAGACAAGUAUGAUAGAAAGUGUCUUUUUCUUUUCUUCAGCUUUUCUCAGCACAAAACCAAGGACUUAUUCUCUUUAUCUUUGGCCUUACUUGAGGAGAUCAUUUGCUGCUCAGGACCCUGAGACAUAAGCUGGUAGAUCCACUUGUGGCUGCUAUAAAAAAAAAAAGAAGAUAACAGAAGGAGAGAAUAGUGGUGGAGUCCCCGGGCUCAUGUCCUGCACAGGAUGUAUACAGGAACCAUCUGGUCAUUCUUUCCAGCUCAUGUUUGUCUCCACAUCGUUGAAUCAUUCAAGAUGAACCUCCUAUUUGCUGCUGUCCUGUUAUUGUGCUUCAGAUACAACACCACAGGAACACAGGAUCAUUCGGAUCACGAAUGCCAAAGUCAUGGGGUCAGGAACUGUGGAGAGUGUCUGGCAGCAGGUCCACACUGUGCUUGGUGUACUGAAGAGAAUUUUCUAGAAGUGGGCCAGCACACAUGGGAGCGCUGUGACACACCCAGGGCAUUACUGAGGAGAGGUUGUCCUUUUGAUCGCCUGGAGGACCCCAGAGGGGCCACUGUCCUUCUAAAGAACCAAAAUAUCACCUUCCAUCCGAAAGAACAAAGACACCAACAGCAGCACAAACAGGUCACCCAACUCCAACCUCAGUCGGUUCUUCUGCACCUCAGGCCAGGUGAACCUCAAAGCUUUGAGGUGAAGUUCAAACGUGUGGAGGACUACCCCGUAGACCUGUACUACCUGAUGGAUAUGUCCUUCACCAUGGAGGACGACCUGCCCAGUGUCAAGAACUUGGGAGCUGACCUCAUAGAAGCAAUGAGGAAUACUACCAGUGACUUCAGAAUGGGUUUUGGUGCAUUUGUGGACAAGACGGUGAUGCCGUACAUCAGCGCUGCAGAGGACAUGCUUAAGAACCCCUGUAAGAGGACCAAGCCCUGGCCUUGUGUCCCUCCCUUCACCUACCAUCACGUCCUGAGCCUCACCCCCAAUGGAAGCCUCUUCACGGAGCUCGUGGGGAAGCAACGGAUCUCCGGCAACCUGGAUUUACCAGAGGGGGGGCUGGAUGCCCUGAUGCAAGCCGCUGUGUGUGAGGAGCAGAUCGGCUGGAGGAAUGUGACUCGUCUGCUGGUGUUUUCUACUGAUGGUGGCUUCCACUUUGCUGGAGACGGCAAAUUGGGCGGCAUUGUACUUCCCAACGAUGGAAAGUGUCACUUGCAUAAAAAUGUGUACACCCGAGGAAAUUUUCAGGAUUAUCCUUCGGUGACUCACAUCGCCGAAACAUUGAGACAGAAGAACAUCCAGAUCAUCUUUGCUGUCACCAAAGAAGUGGCACACUUGUACGAGGGCCUAAGAAGCAUCUUCCCAAAAUGUGCAGUCGGAACGCUUUCCAACAACUCCCACAACAUCCUGGAAAUAAUAGUCGACGCGUAUAAUGCACUGACCUCUGAGGUUGUUAUGGAGAACAGCAAGCUGCCGCUGGGCUAUCACAUCACCUAUACCUCACACUGUAAGGACCAUAGGCCAAGGCAUGGUGAGCAAGGGAGGAGGUGCUCCAACAUCUCCAUAGGUGACGAGGUGAGCUUUAAUGUAAGCAUUACAGCACCUCUGUGCGUGACUGCUUCACAAAGACCAUCCCAUGUUAUUAUUAAGCCCCAAGGCUAUAGUGAAGAGGUUGAGGUCCUGCUGAGCCCCUUAUGUGAGUGCUCAUGUCAAAAGGACGUGGUCCCACACAGUCCAUCAUGUAGCUAUGGCAACGGCACUCUGGAAUGUGGCGCAUGCAGGUGUAGAGAGGGGAGAGUUGGAACAUUUUGCGAAUGCGAUCAAGCAGAGUCAGGCGAGGUGGUUGACUCAUGCCUUUGUCGCCGUGACAAUGUAUCAGAGGUGUGCAGUGGACACGGAGAGUGUGUUUGUGGGAGAUGUGUUUGUCAUAAGAGCAGCAAAAAACCCAACCAUGCUUAUUAUGGGCAGUUCUGUGAAUGCAAUGAUUUCAACUGUGAUCACUAUAAAGGACUACAGUGUGGAGGAAAUGGCAGGUGUGUCUGCGGGGUGUGUAUGUGUCUCCCAGGAUUCAGUGGUCAAGCAUGUGAGUGCCCUCUCAGCUUGGAAUCUUGUUUGUCUCAGGACAGACAGAUUUGUGCAGGCAGAGGGGAAUGCCACUGUGGCACCUGCAUUUGCCAUGACGACCGCUUCCAAGGCGCAACUUGUGAGCUUUGCCCCUCCUGCCCCAGCAUCUGUACAUUGCACAGAGAAUGCAUCUUAUGCAGAACCUUCUCACUAGGCCUGAAUCCAAAGGAGUGUGAGAUGAGGUGUGCCCACCUGAACCUCACUUUGGUAGGUCAGGCCAGUGUCCUUGCAACAGUAGCCCCCUCUUCAGACCUUCACAAGUGUAUGGAAGUGGACACAGAGGGCUGCAGAGUGCACUUCCUGCUGAGGAAUGGACAAAAAGAAGACUCCAUCCACGCUCAUGUAGCUCUUGAACAAGAAUGCCCACCAGGUCCAAACGUGAUCCUGAUUGCUGCAGUGCUAUCAGCCUCUGUUGUGGUGCUGGGUGUGGCUUUGUUGCUGCUAUGGAAACUACUCACCAGCAUCCAUGACCGCAGGGAGUUUGCCCGCUUCCAGACAGAGCUGGAGCAGAGACGCUGGAACAGGAUGGACAACCCUAUCUACAAGAGUGCCAUCACAACAAUUGUCAACCCGAAAUAUAAAGAACAGUGACUGGAGCCAUGGAAAGAGAUCUACUCUUCAAUCGGGAUCCCUGUUGUGCAGCACAAUGAAACAAUAUCCUUCAUCUGAACUGUUGUCAGCAGUUGGUCCAACUUGUUUGGCUGGGAGAAGGGGUGGGGGACAGAUGUUGAUGUCUGACUUGCUUCCUUUGAUCUCAAUGUGCAACCCCAGACUACCAGUCUCCAACCCUACCCUCCACGCACAGCAUGCACACAAAUUCAAACAGCAUCCCCCACAUAAACUGCUUCUCAUACAACGUUAGCUGUCUGUUAAUGCUCUCACAUUCUUAAAAUCCACAAAAGAUAAUUACAUGUAGUGUAAUAUUCUGUAAGGCAUAUGCAAGGAAAAUAUAUGCUGACGGUUGGCUCAGCAGUGUCACUUGGGUCUCAGAAGGCAAGAGAGAUAGUGAGGUGAGCAUUCUGCAUUAUGCAUUAUAAUGCCAGAGGACACACAGGUCUUUACAUGGGUCUCCACUGCCCUCUAGGUGAGAGGAGAGGAAAGUGACAACCUGCUGGAAAUGAUGAGGCAGCUUCCAAUUCAUUUACAAUUCACCAUAGUCAUACAAGAUGCUAUUUUUGACACCAAAAUGAAACCCAGACUCUUGGUGUUUUUGUAUUCCCAUACACACCUGUGAAUUCAUCAAAUAGAGCACUGCAGGCUUGAUAUGGUGCAAUAUAUUCCACAACUUUAAAAAAGCAGCUAGUGUACGUGCCAGCCACUUUGCCGGUGCUCUGGGCUGAAUCGUGUAAGCACAGAGAAACAAUGGGAUGUUCAAAUCUAAAUGGAUAUUAGGGUUUUUCCACUGCCUACAGAUGGCUGCUGAUGACCUUGCUGGGAGAGUAGCAAAGCAGUAUUAAUCACAGUGAUGCCUCCUCCACUCCCAGAGUCACUGGGCAGGCAUGCAUGCAACUUUAACAGUGGUGGGAGGUGGUGGUAGGGGUGGUGGAUUAUCAGAGAAAAUGACUCCAUAUGCUUCCACUAUGCAGCAUUCUUUUUCAUCUGUGUGUGAUCAUAAAAAAAUGUGUGGUGCAAAAAUCACAGCGUCAGAGGAAGCAGCAGAGGCAGCCCUGCCCUGCGACAAGGCUCGUGUGA